GCCCAAGCGCCCACUAUCAUCGGCAAAACAUGAACAUGCUGCUGUCGAGAAAACGUAGCCGCGAGAUGGAGGCAACGCCGCCACCGACGCUUCCCGUUCUGCGCUGCCCGAGCGUCGAGGACCACAGCUGGUUACUUGGCGGCGUGGACAACACGAUGCACCGGCAGGUACCUACGAUUGAGGCGCCGAGUCCGCUGUUUCGCGCUCGUCUGAGCUCACAAGAGCUGUUCUUGAGCGUCGUCAUGGAGUGGCAAAAGGCCGAACCGCAAAGUCUGCACGGGGGGCCCACCACGGACACGGUGUCGGAUGGCUAUACGACGCCCAGCUCGGAGGACUCGGAGUUUGAGGCCGCGUCACCCAAGAAGGCCAAGCGCGUGGACGAGGAGAGCCCCACGAGCGUACACAACCCACCGCGUGACAUGACGUCGCUUCGGCUGGACUAUAUCGCUAGGCCUGUCAAGAUGAUCGGCGCCUACACACCCGCGGCGCGUCGUGUGCUGUUGCAGAAGUAUAUGGCAAAACGUGCGCGCAGAUUGUCCCAGCACAAAGUGCGCUACGGCGUGCGUAAGACACUGGCGAAUGCGCGUCCACGCGUGAAAGGCCGCUUUGUCAAGACUGUGCAGCCACUUACCGCUGCCGCUGUGGAAGCUCAGCAGGCGCAGCAACAGCAAGCGCAGUAAAUCGACGCUACUUCUCCCACCACAAAUUUGAUUCGCUUGCUGCGCGCUUGAUGCCUGUACUCUAAUUCACGUAAUAAUAUAUUGGCAG